CUCUUGAAUUAGGUAUUAUUAAAUACUGUGACCUGAUGCGCAUCAAUAUGGCACAAGGUAUUCACAGCUAAUUAUUCUACCAUUCCUACCAUAUGUGCAACACACUGAGGGUAUUCGACCGGUCCUGCGGCCUCUUGUCUUGAAGUGCCCGCGCAUGUGCGUGCUCAGCCCACGGUCGGUGCAAAACAGCCCACAAGAGGGACAGCGCUUGACGCUUGGGUAGUCGUGGUGCUCGGCCAGGCCAGGUGCAGGAGGAGUGAUUCGCCGGUAUGAUGCUCCUCUCCAGCCGCUGGUGGGCAUUCUGGACAUUGGAAAAAGCCGGCCCGAGGAGAACUCGCUGGUGUGGAAGCUGGCUGAAGUGUUUCGGUGCGCUCAGCGGGAGAUGGACCUUGCAGAUGAAACAGGCCGGCCCCGCUUCCCCGGCAAUGCCGCCGUGACGAGACGGGGCGCAUGGAUUUUGCCGUGUGCCUUCUUCUCCACGUGGUCGCUCCACUCGGAUCCGCCAUGGACGAGACGGUAGGCUCGAGUCCUAGGCGGAGACACUCCGGACAGGACAGCGGGUGCUCAAAGAUUGGCUCGUGCUUGCUUUGGUGGUGGUGCCUCGUGAUGGACGACGGCCGCAUGGGCUUUGCAGUGCACAGAAGCACCUCGCCAUCUUCUCGGGCUGCGAUCCCUCAGCGUCCGCCUCGGCUGCUGGGUUGAGAGUUGUCGAGGAGGUUCCAUGCGUUCGUUGGCCAUGUACCGCACCAGCCAGUCCAUGGUCUUGGCUGAACGGUCUUCUGCAAUCGUCUCUAGCGUGACUUCUUCAGUCCACUCCUAUAUCACCAGAUCCAUCCGUAAAGUCGUGUGAGAACGGCGACCGGACGGCUCCGAACGCCGUAUAUGAGUGGUUGUGAGGCCCCGAAAUCUCAAGCUGGCGGCCUGGGCGUUGUGCUUCUCGCGGCUGUCCAGAACAUGCAUCUCUUCGAGGUGGCGGCGUCUGCGUUUGUCGAGUUUGGCCUUUCUCCUGCGGACCUCCUUUUGGUCCCUUUCCCCAACUGUGAUAUCCUUUUCCGCCAACUCGGGGUCGAAACUCUUCG